UGGAAGCUUUCACAGCAGUGUGGUAAUGGAGAGCAGAGUCCUCGUCCUCACACACCCUCCUCCUCAUCCACGGCGACCACCCAGAUACUCCCUUCACUCUCUUUUCCAAAACCCACCUCCGCUUUCUAUUCACUCACUCCGCUCUUACACUACCCGCUACCGCCGCUGGGACUCCAAUGCCGAAACCAUUCGCUCCAAGACAUUCGGUUUUAGUUUCAGAGACAAACGAAGCCGAGAUGAAGAUGAAGAUGAAUAUGAGGAAGAUGAUGAGUUUGGUUAUGACACAAGUAAAGAAGGGAAGAGGAAGAAGAGGCGGUGGUGGUCGGAAAUGGAGGACGGCCCCUUUGAGGUUGUGGACCAAGCUAUUGACAGUGUCUGGAUUUUCAAGGUGUUCAAAUCUUAUGGUUGGGCAUUUCCUUUUAUUAUCAUAUCUCUGCUGCUAUCUUCUGGUCCAAAAGCUUUCCUGAUGGCAUUAGCGCUUCCCCUUGGUCAGUCAGCCCUUUCAAUGGCAUUUGAAAAGUUAUGGGGAAGGACGCGAAGAAGGCCAAGACGAAAAUCCAGGAUGAGAAGGAAACCAUCUGCCGCUAGUGAAGCUGGUGUUAGAAUGGACGACGAAGAAGCAUAUGAUGAAUAUCAGGAAACUGAUGACAAAAAGAUGGGUUACCAAUCUUGGGUAGUAGGGAAUGAUGCUUCUGUUGACAAUAGUGGUGAAGAUGCCACAAGUUUAGGUGGAUGGGAUGAUCUUGAAAGAAUGCAAUUUGAAAGGAGGCAAUCUCGAAGGAAGUCUACAGGGAAGAGUAAGUUGAGUAGGAGAGAAAGAAAUAGUGAUACACCUCUUCUGCUGAGGUUGUUGAUUGCAGUUUUCCCUUUUUUGGGUUCAUGGACAAAGAUAUUUUGGUAAAUACAACAAUUUCAAACUUGGAUCAGGAAUUUGAUUGGUUUGCCAUUAGUUUCAGAACAAGCACUACGACUUUUCAGUUCAAGUAUAGGUUAAAGUUAGGUUAGAUGAAGCUAAAUGCAUCAAUCAAAAUCAAUUUCCAUUCUUGAUGUUUUUGUAAGGGCAAGCCACUUCCUGAGUUGCCUAACUUUAGGCCAUAGUAUAUAUUACCAGUACAAUAUCUUGAUACA